UAAGUGUCUAAGUUGCCGUCUAAUCGUGUUUUUGGAUGGUCAGCUGCUCGCUUUCACAAAGUUUUGCCGUUUUGCUGUCUGCUAGCCGUCCGCUUUUCUUUCGUUUAAAUCUGAUAUGCCGAGUUCUUCGAAGUGUCACAAGUCUCUGACAUUCCAACGUCUCUGAGAGCUUGACACACUGGCUGAUGCAACAAACACAGCUACGUAUACAAGGUGUGACGGUUACGUUUGCGUCCACGUUAUCGCCACGCGAUCAAAGGUUUUCGCUCCUUGCAGUACUGCUGCAGUUGUCUGCUCCGCACGUAUUUGCGUGGGCUGCAUCUCCGCAGUCACCGUGACUGAUCCAUAAUGUCGGGGCUUCCAGGAACCAUCUUCUUGUUCGACGUCGACGGUACGCUCACUAAAAGCCGGCAAGUGAUCACGCCCGAAAUGUCCAGUUUCUUGCAGCGGCUUCGCGCCCAAGUUGUUGUUGGAAUCGUUGGUGGUUCAGACCUGGGCAAGAUCGAAGAACAGAUGGGUGGUUCGAAGACGCUAGCAGACUUCGACUACGUCUUUUCUGAAAACGGCCUGGUGACCCACCAGAAAGGAAAACUCGUGAGCAAAGAAAGUUUUCUCAAUUUCCUUGGCGAAGACAGGCUGCAGAAGCUCGUCAACUUCUGCCUUCGCUACGUGGCGGACUUAGAGAUCCCCCAGAAACGAGGGACUUUCAUCGAAUUCCGCGCCGGCCUCCUGAACGUCUCUCCGAUCGGCCGCAACUGUAGCCAGUCGGAGCGAGACGCUUUUGAAGAGUACGACAAGGAGCACGGAGUUCGGGCCGCCUUCGUCAAGGCGCUGCGGGACAAAUUCCCGGACUAUGGUCUUCAAUACUCCAUCGGCGGCCAAAUCAGCUUUGAUGUGUUCCCACGGGGCUGGGAUAAAACCUACUGUCUUCAGCGGCUACUCGAUGACAAGUUCACCACGAUACAUUUCUUCGGCGACAAGACGUUCGAAGGGGGCAACGACUACGAGAUAUUUGUGGAUCCACGGACAGUAGGGCACACAGUGACAUCUCCCGAAGAUACCAUGUGUAAGGUUGAAAAGCUGAUAGCUUCCCUCAACGCCGCAGCUUGAGGGUUUGGAUACUCAUUACAGUGCUCUUGACAUCGACCCAUCGUCAAAUACGAACAUGUUCCUUUAUAAAAUAAAUCGUGUUUACAAACUGAAGUAAAGGUUUACGUUUACGG